AUGUCAACUACCUCCCUCGAGGAGGUUACAAAUGAAAGUUUUCAGAGCUCACAGAGACGACUUUCCCGGCUUACUUUGGGAAGUGAAAAUGAUGUUUCCAAAGCAGCCGAGGGGCCCCAGGCCAAGCUUGACAUGAACGGGGAUGCCGAUAUCUUCUCCCACCCCGUAGACCAUUUCAUUCACUCGGGAACCAGUCUUUGCUUCGGUAUGCUACUUCUGUUCAUUUCCAUGGUACCCCCAGCUCUCAACAGGAUCUUAUACAUUAUUGGUUUCCGUGGUGACCGAUCCCGAGGGCUACGGCUGCUCUGGCAAGCUAGCCAGUCUCAUACAUUGACGGGAGCUAUUUCUGCCCUGACCUUAUUAGCCUUUUACAACAGUUUCGUGCGUGCAGCCGAUAUCUUACCUGAUCCCGUUGAUGGAAAUGUGGAUGACAUCGAGGGAUAUCCAAUGAGUCGACUUGAGAGUUUGCUCGCUGAUAUGAGGAACCGUUUCCCUCACAGCCAGCUCUGGGUCCUUGAAGAGUCCAGAAUGCGAGGAGCCAACAGGGAGGUAGAAGAGGCCCUGAGAUUGAUUCGUAAUGGGAAGAAGAGCCCUCUGAAACAGGUACAGGCUCUCCACGUUUUUGAGAGGAGUAUAGAUGCCAUGCAUCUACACCAGUACGAGCUAUGUGCAGAGUCAUUCAUAGAGGUAAACUAA